AGCGUGUACGUAGGCCCCCGGGCCUCCCGUCCCCCGACACACACAGCGGAUCACACAGGACCAUUGAAGGUGCUCUCCCGGGUAGGCUUGCCAAAAUGGUGAAAGUCACGCAGGUGAAGACCAAGCCGUAUACGGACCAGAAGCCCGGAACGAGCGGCCUGAGGAAGAGGGUGACUGUGUUCCAGCAGAACCAGCACUAUGUGGAAAACUUCAUUCAGAGCAUUUUAUCUGUCAUCGAGUCUGCUGAGCGCCAGGCAGCCCUUCUGGUGGUGGGGGGCGACGGCAGGUUCUUCAUGAAAGACGCCAUUCAGCUCAUCGUUCAGAUUGCAGCCGCCAACGGGAUUGGUCACCUGGUGAUUGGUCAGGAUGGCAUCAUGUCCACCCCAGCCGUGUCCUGUGUGAUCCGCAAGAUGAAAGCCGUGGGCGGAAUCAUCCUCACAGCCAGUCACAACCCAGGGGGCCCAAACGGAGACUUUGGUAUCAAGUACAACAUCUCAAGUGGAGGGCCUGCUCCAGAGGCCAUUACAAACAAAAUCUUUGAGAUCAGCAAGGGCCUGCAGGAGUAUCACAUUUGCCCAGAGCUCAAGGUGGACCUGUCGAAGAUUGGCAAGCAGACCUUUGAUGUGGAGAGUUUCAAGCCAUUCAUAGUGGAGAUCGUGGACUCUGUUGAGGCCUAUGCAGAUAUGCUGAGGGGUAUUUUUGACUUUGCCGCACUGAAGGAGCUUCUCUCUGGAGCCAAUCACAUUAAUGUCCGCCUGGAUGCAAUGCAUGGAGUGGUUGGUCCUUAUGUGAAGAAGAUAGUGUGUGAGGAGUUGGGAUCUCCAGCCAACUUCGCAGUCAACUGUGUCCCCAAGGAGGAUUUUGGUGGGCACCACCCUGACCCAAACUUGACUUAUGCUGCCGACCUGGUGAACGCAAUGAAAGGUGGAAAGUAUGACUUUGGAGCUGCCUUCGAUGGUGAUGGUGACCGUAACAUGGUCCUCGGCAAACAUGGAUUUUUCGUGAACCCAUCAGACUCGGUGGCUGUUAUCGCGGCCAACAUUACCAGCAUUCCGUACUUCCAAAAGACUGGUGUGAAGGGGCUGGCCCGCAGUAUGCCCACUAGUGGAGCCCUGGACAAUGUGGCUAAAGCACUACAAAUGCAACUAUAUGAGACUCCAACAGGCUGGAAGUUCUUUGGGAAUUUGAUGGAUGCAGGAAAACUGUCUCUGUGUGGAGAGGAGAGCUUUGGCACUGGCUCCGAUCAUAUUCGGGAGAAAGACGGCCUGUGGGCAGUACUCGCAUGGUUGUCAAUUUUAGCCAGUCGGAAACAGAGCGUGGAAGACAUCAUGAAGGCUCAUUGGCAAAAGUUUGGCAGGAACUUCUUCACCAGGUAUGAUUAUGAGGAGGUUGAAUCAGAUGCUGCCAACAAAAUGAUCAAGGACCUGGAAACAGCAAUGUUCAACCCAUCCUUUGUGGGGAAGAAGUUCUUAUCGGGUGAUAAGACGUACGAGGUGGCAAUUGCAGACAAUUUUGCCUACACAGAUGCUGUGGAUGGAAGUGUUUCCAAAAACCAGGGUCUAAGGAUUAUAUUCGCUGAUGGUUCUCGGAUUAUUUUCCGUCUCAGCGGCACAGGCAGUGCAGGUGCAACCGUCAGGCUCUACAUUGAUAGCUAUGAGAAGGACCCCCAGAAGAUUUACCAGGACCCUCAGGUGAUGUUGGCGCCCUUGGUAGACAUUGCCUUGAAGGUUUCACAACUUCAUGAGAAGACUGGACGCAAUGGCCCCACUGUGAUCACAUGAGUCCUCUGAAACACCUUUUCUCUUAGAUCAGUCUUAUGUAUUUACAGUACUUUAGUCAUUGGCCCAACUAAAAAUAAACUCGACAAAACACAGGACUAGGUUUACACUGCCAUUAUUUCAGUUAUUGGUGUGCGGGAUUUGCACUAAAAAGGGAAACUUGUUAAUUGAACUGGCUUACAGAGACAUGUUGACUUUAAUUUCUAGAGCAUUUCAAGAGUAAAAAGUGUAUAUAAGAAAAUUAAUGUCUAAUGCAUGAUCUACUGUGUUGUCCAGUUUGCUCCCAAACACAGCGACAAACAACUAUAAAUGACUCAAAAUCAUAAAGUUGGGGGUAAGUUCAUCCUUUCACCUUGUUGGACCUGGUGCCUUCCUCCUUUGUUCUUCCAGACCAGCCACAACAAUAAACCCCCAAAGAAAGCAAUGUAACCUUAACAUGAUGCACUAAAAAUAUCUAUUAAAAAAUAAAGUAACAUUUAUGGUCAAUAAUAA